AAUAAUCCACUUCCUUUAAGGCUACACACCGCACUUCCCUUUAAGACAAAACAUAACAACUCAACAGCUGAUACGAAACAUGGCGGCGGUAAACACAGACUCCAAAGCCACGGGAGAGCACAUCAAAGCCAUUUUGCGCCGCUGCAGGGGUCGACCGAGGCUGACAGACGCGGACCGUGCUCAGCGGCGGCUCGAAUCGCGGAAGAAGUACGAUGUGCGGCGGGUUUAUCUGGGAGAAGCGCAUCAGGUCUGGAGCGAGCUGCGCCGGCGCACGAGCCUGAGCGACGCGGGGCUCGCGGAGUAUUUAAUCCUGCUCAAUUCUGCAUAUGGAGAAAAAUACCAGCAGAAACACGGCAAGAGGAAAACCCUUCCUGAACAAUGCAGCAGUCAUGGGAAAGGGAAGAAGGUGUCUGCCACCAAUUUGCAGACGGUGGUGAGCUGGUAUCAAGGUCACUGUCAGUCCUGUCAGCACGAGCCUGAGCUGCAGGUGGUGGAGCCCACUGUGGGUUUGUCUACAUCUGCACUGUGGCAAUGUGUGGCCGGUCAUUCGUUUGUGCAGUACCUGCCCUGGCCUGCAGGAGGCGAGUCCGAGUCAGACGUGGAGGAUGGUGUUAUGGAGAAAGAUGAAGAAGACAGGCCUCCAGAGAAGAAAUCUACUGUCAGUGAGAGUAUCAACACCAAAAACGCCAUCAGUGACUUGGAAGACAAUGAUCAUCCUUCCCACGUGGAGCAUCAGAUGACAUGCACAUCCCUCAGUGAUCUCCCAGGAUCCCCUGCGGCCCACAGCAGUCCCGCCUCGGAGCGCUGUCCAUGGGAGAUGGAGAUGCUCAUGGACCGAGAAGCCCAGGCCGCUCUGGUUGAGACCGAUGGAAAAGCUUCGAGUGAGGAUGCGGCGAGAGAGACCGACCCUGUCAAGGAGCAGACGGACGCUUCGGGAACUUUAGAGAAGGCGGACAGUGGAGGUGGCUUGACGGAGAGUUACGAAUGCGUGGUUGUCACGGCGCCCUUGACGGACAGACAGGAGAGGGAGGAUGGAGCAAACUGUUCUAGAGAAGGUGGGGUGGAGGGCAUCCCAUCGUUGUCGGCCGCCCCAGCGCAGAGCCAGCUGUUUGAGAGUCAGGACCUGCAGACUGUGAUGGGCGGAUGUGAGCUGCCGGAUCAGCGCUCCACACUGGAAGGAUCUCAACUGAUCAUUAUUACAGGCCCAAGUUACGAGGCUCUGGCGUCUGAAGGCAUUCAGCUGAACGUGGCUGGCGGUGAUGUUGAGGAGGUCACCUGCACGCUGAUCGGGGACGUGUCGUAUAAUCAGAUGUGUCAGUCACGUCCCAGCGCCGAUCUGGCUGAGAAGCAGUUAUUGGAUCCCGGUGAAGAAAUUCACUGUUCGAAAGCGCUUCAGCAAUCUCUCAGUAGGUGUAAGCGGAGCCGGCGGGGUCCAGUAAUCGAGGCAGACGGCAUGCUGAAGAUGUUCCACUGUCCGUAUGAAGGCUGCAGUCAGGUGUACGUGGCCAUUAGCAGUUUCCAGAAUCACGUGAACCUGGUGCACAGGAAGGGCCGGACCAAAGUCUGUCCUCAUCCAGGCUGCGGGAAGAAGUUUUAUCUGUCUAACCAUCUUCAUCGGCACAUGAUCAUACACUCAGGUGUGCGAGACUUUAUCUGUGAAACAUGUGGGAAGUCAUUUAAACGCAAGAAUCACUUAGAAGUGCACAGACGAACACACACGGGAGAGACGCCGUUACAAUGUGAGAUAUGUGGGUAUCAGUGUCGACAGAGAGCGUCACUCAACUGGCACAUGAGGAAACACACGUCUGAAGCGCACUUCAACUAUACGUGUGAACACUGCGGCAAACGCUUCGAGAAACUCGACAGCGUCAAGUUCCACAAACUCAAGAGCCAUCCAGACAAACAGCCCACCUGAAAGACGCUUGAAG